AUGAAAUUAACUCCUGGAGCCCUGUUGGAUGCUCCCAAGUAUUAUAAUGACAUUGGAAACGGACUCUACAAUACUGAAUUGACUGUUGUGCUGCGAGAUUUGCAGCUAGAAAAUGAUAAUGAUGCGAUGCCAGCUGUAUUGGCAAAAUAUUUACCGACUGCCACGCACAUUUUGGAUUUUACCAACAAUGAACUGAGUGCAAUCCCAGAUUUACGGACUCAGGCAAGUAUCAGCACGCUUUUACUGUCCAGAAAUCGAAUUUUCAAAGUCGAUGGUUACUGCUUGCCGUGUCAUCUGCGCAGUCUGACACUGGCUAAUAAUGGAAUCGCGAAACUGGAAGAUUUACAAGGACUUAGCAAUAGUCCCAAAACUCUACAAAACUUGGUGCUUCGAGGAAAUCAGGCUUGCUACCUCGAGGACUAUCGGCUCUGCAUAAUAUCGCUAGUUCCACAAUUACAAGCUUUAGACUUCACCAAGAUAAGCGAUGAGGAGCGUCAAAAAGCACGUCUAUUCAGGCUAUCUGAUGCCAAUAAUAAAAAAGAACCCAAACAGCACGAUGACCAUAAGGAUACCCUUGAUAAGGAAACGGAGAUCAUGAAUAUCGUCGUCAACAAAAUGGACACAGACGUGCGGGCAAAUUUGAAAAAACAACUCGCCAAUGCAACAACACUGGAUGAAAUGGAGCGAAUUGAAAAACUCCUGUCGGGAGGCGUAUAA